CUAAUCGUGUUGUGACAAAUAUAGCCGAAUUUUGAAAAAUACACUCGUAUAGCCAUUCCGUCCAAAACUUUAACGGAAAUCUCACAACUGUUGACUGGACUAACGGAUGUUUGCAACGUGGCCUAGGUAAUCUAUGUGGCAGUACAGGUGGAAAGAGUUUAAAGAAAGAUGAAUUAAAAAUAAAAGAAAAUUGAAAUAAAAAAGGAAGAUGAAUUAAAAACCCUUCCUCUACAUAUUCCCCGACCUUCCAUUCCUCUUCUUCAUACAUCCUGGCAGAUCGACGAACCCAACGACCUUAAAACACCACCAUCCCCUCCAUCGAUCAACCCCUUCAUACACUCCAUAUCACCCUUAACUUCCUUCCGUCAAUUUCCCUCCGACGCAAGGCCAACAACAAUCAUCCCACUCCCGGUACGGCCAGCAAACGCCGUUGCCGAUGAAUCCUGAUUCUCCAAUCGGACUCAUUCUUAUCCCCCCCACAAAAUAAAUGAAUCAGCUCCUCCAAUCGGACUCAUUUCUUAUCCCACUCCCGGUACGGCCAGCCCACCGGUGUCACAAGCUUCCUCCGCUCAUCCCCUAAAAAAUCCCUAAUUUCUCAAAGGAAUUGUUCUCUUAGAAUCAAUUGAAACAAAUCUCUCCAAAUCGAUCCCUCUCACUGCAUUAUCCCAUCUCCCACAACACACCGAGAAAAAAGAAGGCGAAAACAAGAAAGUCAUCACCCAUGGCCGCUGUAGCUGCUGCUCUCUUCUUCCUGGUCCCGAUUCGUCGGUCGACGACCUUCGCAGGGAGUUCGUCGGAUUGGUGUACGGGCAGAUGGCGUUGGUGUGGGGGUGGAACGGGAACGGGACGGCCCCGUGGGGAUGCUGCUCGGGAAAGAGAGGGGGCUUUGAAGGGUGGAGGAAGGGGUCAUGAAUUUGGAUCUGGUGGAGGGGAAUUUGGAAAGGCAAGCGACUGGGAAAGACAAAUAGUGGGAAAGCGAUUUGGGGCAGGGUCGCAGGGAUGAAGGAAUAGAGAGAGAGAGAAAAAAAAAACUAAAAUGAUUUUUUCCUUUCUAAUUUUUUAUUUUAGUAAAAUUAUUUUUUAAUUACUUUUAAUAUGAGGUGGCAUGAAGAUGUCCAGUUGGUGAUGAUGUGUCAUCCAGGUGGCAUCCACCUCAGCGACACGCAGAGGUUAUUAACUACGUUUGUGAUGGCGUUAAAGUUUGUAAGGAAAAUGGCUAAAGUUGUCAAGCAAGUUUGAAAAAGUGGCUAUACAAGUGUAUUUUUCAGAAUUUGGCUAUAUUUGUCACAACGCAAAAAGUUAUGGCUAUGAAAAUGUAUUUUGCCUAUAUUAAAAAAAAGAAUGAUUCCUAAACAUUCUAGAAGCUUGGAUUCCGUAAAAUCAAUCCCAUCACAAUCCCUACAUAAUUUCGGUAUCUCAAUCCCAAUAUUUCGGUAUUCCAAUCGGUACUUUGGUAUCCCAAUCGGUAUUAUCGAAUACGAAAUUAAUUACAUUUGCAAUCAAUAAUUAAAUAUGCA